GUCCUUAUAACAUCUGCUUUGACCUCGGAGGCCAUUCGGGCUGGGGAAUUCUUUCUUCGCUUUGCGCUAAUCACUUAUUCUUCCUUCGGGAGUUCUUGACGUCCCCGGGCUGGGCUGGUAAAGCGGCUCGUGGCCUGGUUCCCCCCUCCUUCUCACAGCCCGUCCUCCGACGCCGCACAUAAUCGCGACCUUACGUCCCCACACAAGAUGAAAUUGGAUGUUAAGAGACAGCUGUUCGCCCGCUCCGAGCGGGUGAAGGGCAUUGAUUUCCAUCCAACUGAGCCAUGGAUUCUUACCACACUAUACAGCGGUCACGUUUACAUCUGGUCCUAUGAGACUCAGUCUAUCAUUAAAACCUUCGAGCUCACCGAUGUACCUGUACGAGCCGGUCGGUUCAUUGCCCGCAAGAACUGGAUUGUCUGCGGUUCAGAUGACUUCCAACUUCGCGUCUACAACUACAACACCUCUGAGAAGAUCGCAUCGUUCGAGGCCCACCCAGACUACAUUCGCUCAAUCGUCGUGCACCCCACACAACCAUUCGUUCUGACCGCGUCGGAUGAUAUGACAAUCAAGCUUUGGGACUGGGAGAAAGGCUGGAAGUGUGUUCAGGUCUAUGAGGGUCACAGCCACUAUGUGAUGGGGCUCUCGAUCAACCCCAAGGACACCAACACAUUUGCGUCCGCAUGCUUGGACCGAACCGUUAAGAUCUGGAGCCUUGGCUCACCACAUGCCAACUUCACCCUGGAGGCCCACGAGACUAAGGGUGUGAACCAUGUCGAUUAUUACCCGCAAGCAGACAAGCCAUACCUUCUCACAACCUCCGAUGACCGGACCGUCAAGGUCUGGGAUUACACUACGAAAGCGCUCAUUGCCACUUUGGAAGGACACACAAGCAAUGUUUCCUUUGCCUGCUACCACCCGGAAUUGCCGGUGAUCAUCUCUGGUUCUGAAGAUGGAACCAUUAAGAUCUGGCAUGCGAACACAUACAGACUCGAACAGUCAUUAAGCUACGGCCUGGAGAGAGCGUGGUGUGUCUCUUACCAGCGGGGCCGACAGGGCGUCGCGAUUGGUUUCGAUGAUGGUGCGGUGGUCGUGAAGAUGGGUCGGGAGGAGCCAGCUGUCUCUAUGGACGGUUCAGGAAAGAUUAUCUGGGCCAGGCACAAUGAGGUUGUCUCCACAGUAAUCAAGGGCGGCGAUGCCACCAUUAAGGACGGUGCACCGAUCUCUCUGCCUACGAAAGAGUUGGGAUCAUGCGAAGUCUACCCCCAGACUCUGUCACACUCACCCAACGGACGGUUCGUAUCGGUAUGCGGUGAUGGCGAAUACAUCAUCUACACUGCUCUUGCCUGGCGUAACAAGGCAUUCGGUCAAGCCUUAGACUUCGCCUGGGGCUCGAAAGACAACAGCAACGACUAUGCCAUUCGCGAGUCCACCACCAGUGUCAAGAUCUUCAAGAACUUCAAGGAAGUCAGCGGUGGACUUGAUGUGGGCUUCCAAGCCGAAGGCCUCACAGAUGGUGUGCUACUGGGUGUCAAGGGUCAAGGUGGAAUCGGCAUGUUUGACUGGGAGACUGGGAACUUGGUCCGCCGCAUUGAAGUCGAUCCUAAGGCUGUAUACUGGUCUGAGUCGGGAGAGCUGGUGACUCUCGCCUGCGAAGAUUCCUUCUACGUCCUUCGAUACUCCCGGGAGAACUACAUCAACGGCUUGAACGCCGGUGAGGCCGACGAAGAUGGUGUGGAGUCCGCAUUUGAGGUUGUCACUGAUGUCAACGAGUCUGUUCGCACGGGUCAAUGGGUUGGAGACUGCUUCAUCUACACGAAUUCGACGAAUCGUCUCAACUACCUGGUCGGCGACCAGACCUACACCAUCUCCCACUUCGACCAGGGUAUGUACGUCCUGGGCUACCUGCCCCGUGAUGGCCGCGUCUACCUUGCCGACAAGGAUGUCAACGUCGUAUCAUUCGGCCUUUCUCUCAGCAUGGUCGAGUACCAGACGGUGGUAUUGCGCGGCGACCUAGACACGGCAGCGGAGCUGCUCCAGGACGUUCCCCAAGACCAGAUGAACAAGGUAGCCCGCUUCCUGGAGGGACAAGGGUACAAAGAGAUGGCACUCGAGGUUGCAACCGACCAAGAGCACCGCUUCGAGCUGGCCCUUGCCCUCAACAACCUCGAGAUCGCCCUGGAGAUCGCCCGCGAAGCCAACGUCGAGCACAAGUGGAAGACCGUCGGAGACGCCGCUCUCGCUGGCUGGAACCUGGCUUUGGCCCAGGAAUGCUUCACCAAUGCCAAGGACGUGGGCUCGCUUCUCCUCCUGCACACCGCCAGCGGCAGCAAGGACGGGCUCCGGCAGCUGGCCGCUCAAGCCUCGGAAGCCGGUCUGCACAACGUGGCCUUCUCCACGUUCUGGUCCCUCGGCGACGUCGACGGCUGCAUCGACCUCCUGGUGCGGACGAACCGGGUCGCCGAAUCCGUCCUUUUCGCCCAGACCUACAAACCUUCGCGGGCCCCCGGACUCGUCGCCCAAUGGAAGGCCUCCCUCGAGUCGAACGGCAAGACCAAGAUCGCCCGCCUCAUCGGUAUCCCUCCCGGUACCCCUGACGCGGCCGCCGACGACGACCUCUUCCCCGAAUGGGACGAGUACAUCCGCCUCGAAAGCGAAGGCGGCGCAGCGAUCACCGCCGUCCCCGAACCUCCUUCCUCCGAGUCCCUGAUCGACGUCCACGCCGAUGACGAGACCGCAGACAACGGUGCCCCCGAGGUACAAGCCGAGGACGAAGCCGAGGAGGAGGCUGCUGAAGAGGAGGAGGAGGAAGAGGAGGAAAAGUCCGAGUAGACGCGCUCUCUACCGUCCACCCACCCUAAGCUAGAUUCUUCUUCCUUUUCUUCUCCGUGACAUGGGAUGUGUUCUGCGUGGUCAUAUGGUUGUAUUCAAGCGCCGUCAUGGAGUGGGGAACAGUGAACGCAAAUGUAGGAUGGAGGAGUGAGAACGAACGCGGUUGAUGAAUUCGAAGGGAACCCCCGCAAAGAAGUUACAUAAAUGCAUAUUCUCCUUGUUUUUCCUUGUUUGAAAGCUUUUUUUUUACCUAUUAUCCAUCCAUCCAUCUACCCCUCUGAUUCUCCGUUCUUCCUCUGUUUGAUGUAUUGACAACCAGCUUAUAAAUUCUGGCUUGCGUGGAUUAUUCCCCCUUUCCCCCUUGUGUUCUUGAUUCAAUUUCUCCUCCCUUCCCCUUUUACAUAGCUUCUUUUUUUUUUGUUUUAUCUCUCUCCGUUGGUGGUUACCUUUCUCCUACUUGUUCGUUAUGAAGUCAAUAAAUUUUAUGUAUGGCCC